CGGCCAGGACUCUCGACGCAGCGUGGGCGGUAUAUAGGGACGGGACGCCUCAUCGCGCCGCCACAAACUCCGUUCGCUCGUCCCCUCCACCCUCUCUCUCUCGUCGGUGCGAGCGCAGCUGUCGACGACCCUCCUCCGACUCGUCGCUUCACAGGCUUGUGGUCAGCUUGACUGAUUCCAAACAAUGGCGGAACACUUGGCUUCGAUAUUUGGUACAGAGAAAGACAGGGUCAACUGUCCAUUUUACUUCAAGAUUGGAGCUUGUCGUCAUGGCGAUCGCUGCUCUCGCAUCCAUAACAGGCCAACCAUAUCACCUACUAUUGUGCUCAUGAACAUGUAUCAGCGCCCUGAUAUGAUUACCCCUGGGGUUGAUGCUCAAGGCCAGCCGAUAGAUCCCCGCAAGAUGCAGGAGCAUUUUGAAGAUUUUUAUGAGGAUAUCUUUGAGGAACUGAGCAAGUUUGGUGAGAUUGAGACCCUCAACGUCUGUGACAACCUUUCUGAUCACAUGAUAGGCAAUGUGUAUGUCCAGUUCAGAGAGGAGGAUCAGGCAGCAGCAGCUCAUACGGCCCUUCAGGGACGCUUUUACUCUGGUCGCCUAAUAAUUGUUGACUUCUCUCCCGUGACGGACUUCCGUGAAGCGACCUGCAGGCAGUAUGAGGAGAAUACCUGCACUCGUGGUGGGCACUGCAAUUUCAUGCAUGUGAAGCAGAUAGGCAAGGAUCUCAGGAAGAAACUCUUUGGGCGCUACAGGAGAUCCCAACGAGGAAGAAGCCGCAGCCCAAGCCCACACCACAGGAGAGAGCGUCGUGACCGUGAUGACUAUCGUGGCCGUGAUGAUUUCCGUCGUGGUGGUGGUGGCGGUGGUGGUGGACGGAGGGGUGGGAGCAGCAGGCAUGAAAGGCAUGACGAUGGAGGAAGGCGUAGGUAUGGAGGCAGCCCUCCGAGGCGUGCAAGAAGCCCUGUGAGGGAGAACAGCGAAGAGCGCAGGGCCAAGAUCGAACAGUGGAAUCGUGAAAGGGAGACAAAGUAAGGGAUACUGACCACUAUCACAUCUGGGUGCGUCUUGUGCCGUUCUUCUAUAUAUUGGACUUCGUUCUGUAGUCGCUACUAUUGAUUUGCUGUUCUGUUCAUGUAAUUUAGGUGACUUCAGAAUGAGACUUUAAAAUUGUCACUGUUGUGCUGCCGGAAACUUACAAUUUAGCUACUUUGAACUUAAAA